GGCACCGCCAUCGUGUGUGCGCGAUCCCCUACUAGAAAUUCGUUGCGCCGCCCUUGGGGGCAAAAAACGGUGAAAGCUAACGUACGAAACCAGAGGGCAGCACAGGAUGCGAUCGCGCGACCCUGCCCGUGAGCAAUCUCCCAACUCAUCUCUGCUUGCAGACGACGCCUUAUCCUCGUGGCCCACGACCUUUGAUUAAGUUAGUCGUCGCCCCCGUUAUCGUUCAUUUUAUUGUACCGGUUGCUGUGCGAAGGGACCAGGAGAAACGUAUAGAAAAAGGAAACGCAACAAUUGACAAACAAAAUGAAUCGUAUCAUGAAAACAUUGAGGAGCAAAGAAACGCGGGAAUAUUUUAUGAGUACACAUUUCUGGGGGCCCAUCGCUAACUGGUUAAUACCCAUCGCUGCGAUCGCAGAUAUUCAAAGAGAUCCGACGUUCAUCAGUGGAAAAAUGACUUUCGCCUUGUGUUUGUACUCGGCCAUGUUCAUGAGGUUCGCCAUCAAAGUGCAGCCGAGAAACCUGCUCCUGUUCGGCUGUCACUUUGUGAACGAAGGUGCACAAAUAACUCAAGGCUGUCGGUUCAUAAACCACCAUUAUUUACAGAAGAAGGAAUAGUACGCCGGGCCGUUAACCUCCACUUGCCAAAUCAAUUGUUCAGUACAUAGGUACUGUGUACCCAGUGCCACGAGUUAGUCUGGAUUUUGUAACGUACAAAUUUUAUCUAAUACUAUUUAUAUCUAUAAGACUUAUUCUAGAUGUAUAUAUCCACUGUUAAAGAAAGCAAUAAAACGAAAUGACCAACAUCAUUUUAAAACACCGUUA